GUGAGCUGCCUCUCUCCACUUGCUGGCCCGUUCUGCCCUUCUCACUCUUGAAACCCCCUCCUCCGACCAAAGCUUCCAUCCCACCUGCCGCUCGCUUGCUCACUCCAGUCAUCUGCAUCUGCGUCUUCUCGACGACUUCGCAAGCCGUCCUGUCCACUGCGUCGCGCUCCCUCUCCGUCUCGACAACGGUUCCCCCCCAAGGCGGCGCCACGACUCACGCACCGUCCCACCUCCGCCAACGUCAUCCGUCAGCUCGCGCCCGAAAGUCCUUGAGCUCACCCGCCAUACAACUCCCAUCCCCUCAAGGUCGCGGCCUUCCGCGCCCGGCUUCAUCAUGGCCCAGCAGCGCCAGGCCCCCAUAAGCCCGCCCCAGCAGUUUGCAACGCCAGCCUCCAAUCCCGCCUCGCCACCCACAAAGCGCGACCUCAAAUCGUGGUGGAAGCGCUUCCAGAGCCAGGGCCGGCCGCAGGAUGCUCCAGUCCCUGAAGCCCGGCCGCAAGGCAUCUUUGGUGUACCACUUCGGCAGAGCAUUACAUAUGCCAACGUUGCCAUUUCCCUAGUCGAUGAAGAUGGCAAGAGCUACAUCUAUGGCUACGUCCCCAUCGUGGUCGCAAAGUGUGGCGUGUUCCUGAAAGAAAAAGCGACUGGCAUUGAAGGCAUCUUCCGGCUCAGCGGCUCAGAGAAGCGGAUCAAGGAGCUCAAGCUGCAGUUCGACUCGCCCGACAGAUACGGAAAGGGUCUGGUCUGGGACGGCUACACUGUCCACGAUGCCGCCAACGUGCUGAGGCGUUAUCUCAAUGACUUGCCCGAGCCAGUCGUGCCACUGGACCUCUACGAGCGCUUUCGCGACCCUCUGCGAGGUAGUACACGUCAAGCUGUGGGGGACGCUGAAGGCGCCCAGCUUAUUGACAAUUUCAACGAGGAAGCCGCCAUUGCCAGAUACCAGCAGCUCAUCAAGGAGCUUCCACCUCUGAAUCGCCAGCUCCUCCUCUACAUUCUGGAUUUACUGGCCGUUUUUGCCGCGAAGGCGGACGAGAACCGCAUGACCGCACAGAACCUCGCAGCAAUUUUUCAACCCGGCAUGCUUUCGCAUCCGACCCAUGCGAUGGCCCCGGAAGAAUACCGCCUGAACCAAUGCGUCAUCAUCUUCCUGAUCGAGAACCAGGACCACUUCUUGAUUGGUAUGCAAGGCACAGGGACAGACGAGAAGACAAAGCGAGAGAUUGAGAAGGGUGUCCCGGCCCAGCCGGUCAGCCGCUCUGUGGGCGUGCACCGAUCCGCGUCCACGAGUAGUGCCGCCGCCGAAAGUAUUAGCCGCGAUGGCAUGGUGAGACGGAACCGAUCAACCUCUUCCCGGCACUCUCGACAAUCAAGGCACUCGAAUGGCACAUCGACCCCAAAUAGCCCGGCUCUGAUGUCGACGCCGUCCAGUGCUCUGGGCAGGAGCAACACUGUCCCCUCCAAAAAGUCGCCACACAUGCCACCCAGCCGGUUUCCCCCUCGACAAGGGGACUCCUCGAUCGCGAUGACUCCCACAUCACCUUCGCCUGGCGCGGCUGCUGCCGCUGCGGCGCCACCGACUGUCACAGAAGAACCCGCGUCUCCCGAGCCGCAAUCUCCGACAAAGGCCAGCACUUUUGCAGCACCCACCAGUGCUGGACUUGGACCUAGCCAAUAUCAAGCUGGUCGGAGUCAAGAAAAAUUCCUCGAUCCCAGCAACUCAGAGGUGACCACGCCAGGAAAGGAGCGUGGCAUACAAACGUUGUUUCAACGCUCGCCUGGUGGAGACCUUGAUAAACGUCAGCCUAACAAGCUGCGCAAGAAGCGCUUGCCGGGCAGUGCAAACCCCAGUGCACACAGCUCAACAACAUCGCUGCCUCAUUCCGGGGCUCCCUCGCCAACAGUGGAAGCGCCACCACCAUUUGAGAACCUGGGUCGAGACAUUCCGCGCCAAGAGAGCACCACAAGCACUGAACAUACCGCGGACUCGACUCCGAGAGCAUCGCAAGUGCCCACCCAAGCUACAGACCCUCAACUUGCGACGAGCGCGCCAGGCAGCAAGCAGCUGCUGAAACCCAAGGAAUCGACCCCAGGCUCCUUACAUUCUUCCUUCAAUGAGGGAUCUGACAUCGAGCAUGGGGCAGAGGAAGGCGCCGUUCUUGGCUCUCAGGAAAGCCACGAAAAGGACAAAAAGCGGCAUUGGCCCAUAUCGAGACGGCGAGAAGAGGGCGCUGCGUCGAACUCGCAAAGUCUCGGCGUACACCGCCAUGCCGAAAUGAGCACGUCCACCGUCGGUAGCAGUGGGCACAAGCCACGAAAGAGCUGGACAGGAGACUCAAACGAGGUUGCGGCAGCCCUGGCCGACGCAGACGCCGCCAACAGGGACAAGGACGGCUCUCGAAAUCCCUUCGGCUGGAUCAAGAGUAAGGUCAAAGAGGCCAAAGAAAAUGCGGAACAGAAGCGGACGAAGUCGCCCCCUGGCGAGCAUGGCCACCACCACUUCUUGCCUAGCAGGGGAAAGAGCAUUGACAUCAAGCGGAACCCGGAAGAGCAUGCCACUGGGACGUCCGCACCAACACAGACAAGCUCAACGACGGCCGAUCACGUUCCUCCCGCGAUUAAUACCACAGAGUCAAGUCAGAAAGAAGAUCCUCACAGCGUUCCACUGCCAAUGUCACCGCCACCUACCCAGACCACGCAUGGGGCGAGCAAUACGACUGCGUAGGAGGAGGAUGCGCCAAAAUAAAACCGGAAGAGGUGGAACAAACACGAAAAAGCCGUGCCGUCUUGUUUGUAUGAGGUCCCGUUGGAAUGUGGAGGCAGGCGAGCUCGGCAGCAUUGGCGACUGCACACAUUGGAGCUGGCGUUUGGGCAUUUUCUUAGAAGACUCCCUGGAGGAAUCUGGUCGCUUGUGUUGUUAACAGCUCAUCAAGACCGCCAUGAUACCCGUCCCAUCUUGCGCGGUAGUCGUAUCUAUUGGGACAGAUUAUUUGAGAGUUUGGAGCCAAGUAUCAUUUGUCCCUGCCGAUGAUCCACGAGAGUCUCAUGCGAAGCCUUGGAGGUUUCACUUUAUCUACCAUUUCGAAUACCAAAUACCAUGGACAACGCUGAAUCAAUGAUCCCGAGU